AUGUCUAGCCAAGACCCAGUUCACAUUGUCUACGACGACAAGUUUGCCAUCAUAACCUUAGACAAUGCCUCCAAGUUCAACUCUCUCGCCCAGAGUUCCUAUUCGCGUCUUGCCAGCCUGCUGCGGGAGGCAGAUGCGAACGAGGAGGUGGUUGUGACUUUGUUGAUUGGCCAAGGGCCUUUCUUCUCCGCCGGCGCGGACCUCAAGGACAGCCCGCCGUCGAUGGAGGAAAUGGUCUCCCGCUCGUACUGGCUCCCGAAGCUCGUCAACAACAACCUCGACGUCGCGAGGGCGUUCUACGCGCACUCCAAGAUACUGGUCACGGCUCUGAACGGGCCCGUCCUCGGUCUCUCCGCCGCGCUGAUUGCCCACUCGGACUUCAUCUACUCGGUUCCCGACGCCUACCUCUUGACGCCCUUCUCCUCCCUAGGUCUCGUGGCGGAGGGCGGCGCUAGCGUUGCCUUUGUGCAGCGUCUGGGCUGGGGCAAGGCCAACGAGGCGCUGAUCCUUGGGCGCAAGAUCCCAGUGGAAGAGCUCGUCCAAGUCGGCUUCGUCAACAAGGUGUUCCCGGACAAGAAGAACUUUAGGUCACACGUCCUCGAGCACGUGAAGACGACGUUUGGCGAUCACGUCGUCAGCUCCAGCAUGCUCGGGACCAAGGCGCUGCUCCGACGGCACCUCGUCCGCGACCAAGACGAAGCGGCGCCGCUGGAAACCUUUGGCGGCCUGGAACGCUUUUGUCAAGGGAUCCCACAAGCGGAGAUGGCCAGAGUGAUCUCCGGAGGCAAGAAGCAUCGUCUCUGA